AUGUGGAAAAAAUGGCAGCUGUUCCACGCCACGGACUUUCAAUCGCUGAUGUAUCCCUGCUUCGCUUUUUGCCGCAUACUCGGAAUAUUUCCAUAUAGGAUCAACGCUUUGGCUUUUGAAGCUUCGAAACGGCGCUACAUACUGACGACUAUCGUUAUUUGCGUUCUCUGUAUUCACGAACUAGUAACGCUGUAUGAAAUUGACAUUAGUGGAACGAUCAAAUGCACAAACAUACCUGAAACUCUUGAACGCAACUGUUUUUACGUACUCGGUGUUUUUAUCGCGAUCGUUACGUAUAUUUUGAGCGGCCGUCGCAUGCAUUUGCUCCAGACCAUAAUGGAGAUUUCUUCGAAAUUGUCGCCUGAUUCGUAUCGGAAGCUGUCUAGACUGAUCCACGCAAAAGAUAUUUUCGGUUCCCUUUUUCUAAUCGGACAAGCGACAUUAUAUUAUUCUAUGAUGGAUUUCGGUAACUUGCAAAAGAUUUUGGUGCUGUACAUCCUCCUGGUAAUAUUUCAAAUGGAUAUGCUGCACAUGAAUUGCGUGUGUGUAUUAAAGGCCUGUUUUAAAGAAAUCAACGAUAAUCUGGUGAAUUUGCGGGAGCUUAUAGUGAACGACGAGUCACAUCGUCUGGAGCCGAUUUAUCACAAGCACAGAAAUCCGUUCUUAUUAAAGGAAAUCAAAGCCUUGAAGAAGCAACAUUUGGUGGUCAGCGACACAGUGCAAGCGUUGAACAUGAUUUUCAGUCUACAGCUCCUCGCUAGCGUAGUUAUGACUUUUGCUGAAAUUACUUUUCAACUAUACUUUUAUAUACUUCAUUGGAAAAUUGGCAUGUUAAUAACCAAUAUAGAACACGAACUCUAUGAUGCAUUAUUGGUAACAUCUAUGACGUAUUAUUGUAUCAAAAUAGCAUUGACGGGAUGGGCUUGUGAUACAGGCAAAGAUCAGGCCAUGAUGAUCGGUAUCACCGUUCACGAAAUAAUGAAUGAUGCCAUUGAUAAACAAAUCAAAGACGAGUUACAUCUAUUUUCCUUGCAAGUACUGCAUCGCGAUAAUACAUUCUCCGCAAAGGGUCUUAUAGUAGACGCGACACUUCUCGUUGCGAUAGUGACUAACAUCACUACAUAUCUAUUAAUUUUAAUACAGUUCUUGGUUGCCGAUCAGGCCUGCUUCAAAAGACUAAAUGACAAUUUGGCAAAUCUGCAGAAGGUCCUCGUGAAUAAUGAGCCUCAUUUCUCCAGGCUGAUUUAUUACGAACAGAGGAAUCCAUUUCUACUGAUGAAACUCAAAACCCUGAAAAAGCGGCAUCUGACAGUCAGCGAUACAGUGCAGAGGCUGAACAUAAUCUUCAGUUCGCAACUCUUAGCUACUAUGAUCAUGACUUUUAUUCAGCUUACAUUUAAUAUAUACUAUUAUGUACUGCACUGGACAGAAGGUGUAUUAAUACACGUUAUGGAAGAGCAAUUAUAUCACGCGUAUUUCGUCAUAGUCAUUAUGAUUUUUGUCACAAAGACCUCAUUGAUAGUAUGGGCUUGCGAGACCGGUAAGAAUCAGGCCUCACAAAUCGUCACCACCAUUCACGAUGUGUUGAACUGCACCAACGACAGGCAAAUCAAAGACGAGUUGCAGCUGUUUUCCUUGCAAAUAUUACAUCGCAAAAAUAUAUUCUCUGCGAAGGGUCUUACUGUGGACGCAACGCUUUUUGCUGCGAUAGUGUCUAAUGUCACCACGUACAUAUUAAUCUUAAUACAAUUUUCAAAGGCAUCGAAUUUUUGCGAUGAAAAGACAGCAACCAAUGUUACACAAUCUGCUUAA